GCGAUCUGGAUGGACGAAAUUCUGGAUCUGGAGCAGCGAUCGCCGAUCGCAAGGCGCCACAGCGUAAGGCUUUGCUCCUCUGGGAUUCCCGCAGCUCGGAUCUACGCGGCUCGGCGGAGGAGCUGAUCGUUCGAUCCAUCCAGGGUUUCGAUCGGCGCAGCGAUGGCGUCGAGGCAAGUAGCGGCCAAGUUCCGGGAGCUCCAGUCGCAGCCCGGGAACAAGACGUGCGUGGAUUGCUCGCAGAAGAAUCCACAGUGGGCGUCGGUGUCUUACGGCGUCUUCAUGUGUCUCGAGUGCUCGGGCAAGCACAGGGGGCUGGGCGUCCACAUCAGCUUCGUGAGAUCCGUGUCCAUGGAUUCCUGGUCCGAGAUCCAGCUCCGGAAGAUGGAGGCCGGGGGCAACGACGCGCUCAAUCGCUUCCUGGCCGAGUAUGGCAUCCCCAAGGAGACCGAGAUUGUGGCCAAGUAUAACAGCCGGGCCGCGGAGGUCUACAGGGAGAAAAUCCAGGCGCUGGCAGAGGGGAGAUCGUGGAAUGCUCCGCCAGUGGUGAAGGAAACUGUCAAGAGCUCUUCUUCCACCAAUGGAGCUUCCAAGGGAUGGGACGAGUGGGACGAUGGUGGUCGAGAUGGUAUGAGGAGAAACCAGAGCGCGGAGUCUUUCUCUGGCAAGGCUCCCGGUGGACCUCCUCGGUCGCGCUCCUCGGAUGGAUUGUAUAGCCAGGAGCAGCUCUCGGCGUCGGCGGCUGGGAAAGACGCGUUUUUUGCGAGGAGGCAAGCCGAGAAUGCUUCUCGGCCCGAGGGAUUGCCUCCUGCGCAGGGAGGGAAGUAUGUGGGAUUUGGAUCCGGUGGAAAUCGUCCGCCACCUCCACCGCCUGCGAAUGACGUGCUCAAGGACACCAUGUCUAUUGUUUCUCAGGGAUUUAGCAAGCUAUCAGUCGUAGCGUCUUCGGCAGCUCAGUCGGCUGCCGUGGCGGCGUCUACGGUCACCAAAGAUCUUUCCAGUAAGGUGAAAGAUGGAGGAUACGACCAGAAAAUGAACGAGACUGUGUCGGUGGUGAGUGCGAAGACCACCGAGAUUGGGCAUAAAACGUGGGGCCUGAUGAAGGGAGUCAUGGCUAUGGCUUCCAAGACAGUGGAGAACUACACAAAAGAGGAGGCUGUUCGGCUGUACAACGUUGACGAUCCUCACGCGAACAAAGGCUACCAGAAGUUUAGCUCCUCGAGAAGCAACUGGGACGAUUGGGACAACGAGAAAGCUGCCGCGAACAACAGUAAUCCGGACGGGAACAAGAGCAGCGCUAAGAACAGCAACAGUAGCAAAGGGUGGGACGACUGGGAUGAUGAUAACAAUCGCAGGCACCACGAUGAGCAGGCUAGCAAAGCAAAUGGCUCGCAAAACUCUACCUUUCAAUCGGUGGAUCUUCACGAGUCGUGGACCGGCUGGGACGUCGACAAGGAUGACGACGAUGCGGUUUCGAGCAGGAGCAAGAACUCUGGGAAGUGGAACGAUUUGGAUUGGGACAGUGGAUUCAAGUGACACACGACACGAAUUCUUCGCGAAUAAAACUCUUCGAGAGAAAACGAAGAUCACCGAGGUGAAAAGAAGAAUUUUUAUGUACUCUGGAUUGAUUGCCGCGAAAGAAAAUCUAUGGCUACUAUGUUACACGAAA